CGUCUCGAGUCGGUUCGCUUUGCUUAGUUGUUUGUCGGCGGUUUUCAAGUGUGCACACGGGACGCGCUCAAAGUUCAAGUGUCGAUUACGAAACUCCUGCCAACAACAGCAAAAAACACCAAUAAAAACCGCAACAAAAUACCCCCUGCUCCAGCAUUUAUUGUUGGGUUCUGUGUGCUGCAAGGCGAAAUGUUGCCAAUAUCAAGCUCCUUCACCGCCUUCCUCUUGUCAUUGCUGUGCAUCAUUCUGUUAACUCAUCGCGGUGUCCAAGGUCAGGCGAAUAAAGUGUCAUCCAAGUUGGAUUUCGAUGAGAGCGAUGGCAUCUCCAGCAGCAACGGAAACCGGACAGGGAUGCAGCAGCCCGGAAUGCAGGCAGAGGGUGGAAAUGGCAGUGGCAGCUAUGAUCAGGGCACGGGUCGCAGCUUUGGCGGAGGCGGAGACAGGACAACUGUCAACGAAAGAGGAGGUGGAGGUGGUGGAAGCAGCAGCAAUCGCCCAAAGAUACACGGCGUGCGGGUAACCGUUGAUACGGGCGAUGGACAGCAGCAAACUAAAGAGUCCAAAGAGAGCGUGGAAAUUACGGACAGCGGCAAGCACAAGAAGCGGGUGGGCAUCCACACGGACAUCACGUUCGAAAUAACCUCCGAGGGGGAGGGCAACGAAACUAGCUCGGCCCAGAACCAUGGCGAAAAGGAGGACGCCAGUGUGCCCAUCUAUAAGGGCCGCGGUGGCAGCGACUCCAAGCACAAGACCCACAAGACUUACGAUCCAAAGUCACAGUGGAAUCCCAACUACUCCAGCGAGCAUCGCGGCUAUGAGGCAGGAGGCAGUCGAGGCGCAUACUACCCACAGUACUAUCCACAGCAUGAAUAUAACAGUGGAGGAUCUGGCUCAGGGAGUAUUCAUCGCACAGGCGAGACUUGGACUCACUACGUUCCAGUGUGGACAACAGAACGAGCACCACAGGAGCAGAGCCAGAUCUACCGCAGGCCCAGCUGGAAGCCCUGCUACUGCAUGUCCUCCACCGAUUACAGGCGUCGGCGGGACAGCAAGGCUAGUCGGGGAAUAGCAGUUGGAAAUAGAGCCAAAAUCAAUAGUGGAGUGGUGCAGGUGAUCGAUGGCAAGCUCGAAAAACCCUUCUCUUGAAACAACAUGCUGGAUAUGUAUUCUACUUUCACA